AUGACUAUCAACCAGUCUCGAUUUCACCAUGUGCAACCCCCCUUCUACACUUCACGUGAUGAGCUAAUUCAAUCCGCCGAGCAAAAAUCUCGACCUGCAUUCUCAGCAUGUACCGGCGCCGAGGUGGAAAUGGUCACCCGCGGUGGAGAACUAGCUUUCGUGAAGCGCAUGAUCGAUGAGAGUCUCGUUCUGCGUGACCGCAUUCAGUGGCAUACAUCCAUGCUGGGCAAACUAAGUAGUGUCUCCGUUCUCGUCGAGAUGCUGAUGCAGCACGAUAAUCACAAUUACGCCGUCACUGAGUUCGUGCAGGGGAGUAAGACAAAACGGUGGGCUGUGGCUUGGUCGUGGGGGGACAGAAGGCCCAUCAUGACUGCUGCACGAGGAAUACCUGGGUUUCCGAAGCAUAUGCUUCCCUUCCCUGCUGACUACACGUUCACUUUGGCACCUGGUACUUCCAUUGAUACAGCCAGCGCUGCUUUGAACAGUGAACUUGAUUCUCUGCCUUGGUUCUGGAGCUGGAAUCAGAAUGCCUCGGCGGGAACUGGUAUCGCUGCCGAGAAUGUCUGGUCUCGACAAGCGCGCCGGAAGAUGAAACUUGCUGGCCAGGAAGGCGCCGGUAAGUUGAACGAUGUUCCAGCGCAAGUCCAACUGGGAGUACGCGUAUACCUACGGUUACUCCGAGGCCAGACACCCGAAAACAAAGCGGUACAAGCAUUGGUUCGGUGGACGCAGGGAACAGACAGUGUUCUUUUCGAGAGUUUCUGCGGGAUGGUGAAAAGGAAGCUUGAAACAAAGUGA